AUGACCGCUGCUAUAAAACCAGAAGAAAUAAAAAUUGGGGUUAAUGACUUCUCUAUUUUAACAAGUUCACGUAAUAAAAAAGAUUUACUGUUUCUCGGACCUGCGGCUUAUAUAAACCAUCGCUGCUCAAACAAUACGGAAUGGGUGGCUGGAAAGGGGGAAGGAGUCUGGUGUGCAAAAGCAAUUCAACAAAUAAAUAUUGGUACAGAAAUAACAACAUACUAUGGUGACCAUUACUUUGGUGAAAACCAAACAAAUUGUGAAUGCCAAUGUCACACUGACAAAGUCCCAGUAAACGAUGUAGAUAGUCUGGGUAAUCAAGAUCAACCACAAAGCGAAACGCCUGUUGCAUCAACUUCAGUCAAACCUGUGACACAAGUAGAUAGUCUGGGUAAUCAAUAUCAACCAGAAAGCGAAACACCUGGUGCAUCAACUUCAGUCAAACCUGUGACACAAGAGCAUAUGGGUAAACAAGAUCAACAAGCAAGCGAAUUGCCAGUUGCAAACCCUUCAGUCAAACCUGUGACACAAGUAGAUAGUCUGGGUAAUCAAUAUCAACCAGAAAGCGAAACGCCUGUUGCAUCAACUUCAGUCAAACCUGUGACACAAGAGCAGAGGGGUAAACAAGAUCAACAAGCAAGCGAAUUGCCAGUUGCAAACCCUUCAGUCAAACCUGUGACACAAGUAGAUAGUCUGGGUAAUCAAUAUCAACCAGAAAGCGAAACGCCUGUUGCAAACCCUUCAGUCAAACCUGUGACACAAGAGCAUAUGGGUAAACAAGAUCAACAAGCAAGCGAAUUGCCAGUUGCAAACCCUUCAGUCAAACCUGUGACACAAGUAGAUAGUAUGGUUACAGAUACUGAUACAGAAGAAAGUGAAACCGAUUCAGAGAGUAUGGAUAUAAAUACAGAUACAGAAGAUACUGAUUUAGAGCAGAGGGGUAAACAAGAUCAACAAAAAAGCGAAUUGCCAGUUGCAAACCCUUCAGUCAAACCUGUGACACAAGUAGAUAGUCUGGGUAAUCAAGAUCAACCAGAAAGCGAAACGCCUGUUGCAUCAACAUCAGUCAAACCUGUGACACAAGUAGAUAGUAUGGGUACAGAUACUGAUACAGAAGAAAGUGAAACCGAUUCAGAGAGUAUGGAUAUAAAUACAGAUACAGAAGAUACUGAUUUAGAGCAUAUGGUACAGAUUGAGCAUUGA